UGUGAAACCACAACUUGCAUAAGUCAAGAGCAAAAUUCGUGGUGAAGAUUGUGGCAUAAAAUUGCAUCCAUCAAUGGAGAAAAAUGAGAGCAAAAACAAAAUCCUCAUAGUUGGAGGGAGUGGUUAUGUAGGGGGUUACAUUGUUAGAGCAAGCCUCAAAUUAGGGCACCCUACUUAUGUUUUCUCAAGACCUAAUUCCUCCAAAACAAACCUCCUCAACCACUUCCAAUCCUUGGGAGCCAUCAUUGUCAAGGGAAUGCUUGACGAGCAUGAGAAGCUUGUUUCAGUGAUAAAGGAGGUUGAUGUUGUGAUAUCUGCGGUUGCAUGUCCUCAAAUUCUUGACCAGCUCAAGAUUUUGGAGGCUAUCAAGGUUGCUGGAAAUAUUAAGAGAUUUUUGCCGUCCGGUUAUGGGGUGGAUGAAGAUAAAGAAAUUAGUGUAUUGCCACCAUUCGAAUCAGUUCUUGAGAAGAAGAGGACAAUCAGAAGAGCCAUUGAAGAAGCAAAAAUUCCUUACACUUAUGUGUGUGUAAAUUGCUGUGGAGCUUACUUCAUCAACUAUUUGCUCCACCCUUACCAUCCCGACAACGAGGAGAUCACUGUCUAUGGCGACGGCAAAGCUAAAUUUGUGAUGACCUAUGAAGACGACAUCGGGCUUUGCACGAUCAAAGCUGCGAAUGAUCCGAGAGCGUGCAACCGCACCUUGAUAUACAAACCUCCAACUAACAUACUAACACAAACGGAAUUAAUUUCAAUGUGGGAGAAGAAAUCAGGAAGGAAUUUCAAAAAGAUUCACAUUCAUGAAGAAGAAGUCGAGGCCCUUUCACAAAUUAUUACAGAGCUGCCGGACCCUGAGAACAUACCGGUGGCCAUCCUCCACGGCAUCUUCAUAAAAGGCACGACGACAAGCCAUGAUUUUGCAGAGAACGACGUGGAGGCUUCCGUACUAUAUCCAGACAUGAAAUUCACUACGAUCGAUGAGCUUCUCGACAUUUUUGUCGAAGGCGAUGCGCCCAAGCCGGCCUCAGCUGCAUUUUAAUGAAUGAGAAGGCCACAUUUGAUUCUUGAUUGCCGUUUGUUUGAAUAAAUUGUUCAAUUAUUAAUUCAUGUUAUUUUUCUAUCAAGAAUUUUCAUUGUUGUAAAUCAAGAUUUAUGUGUGAAAAUUUAGCAACUCGAUAUUAAAGCUCGUGUUUCACUUCA